CGGACGGCUUCGUUCUCUCCAUCCCGUUCCGUCCGCCGACAGUCGUAUUGGUCUGAUGAGCUGCCCUAGCGGCUGUCUGUUCUUUGAGAGGGUUCCUUCCAGUUAUCGCGACUUGACGAUAAACUGUUUUUAUUUUCGUCAAUUGGUUCAUAAAACGUAACAAUCAAUAUUGCAUUGGCUCGCAGAGGUUUAGCUACACAAUGGAACAACGUUUUUGGCGUGGAGCAGAGAAAAAAUCAGUCUGAACUCACCAGCCUUAACGCAGACGGGCUUGCUUUGUUCCGAAUCAGAGAAAGCAAUUGAGAUAAAUUGUCCGAAAUGGACGAUUUAGAAAAGGGAAAUAAAUCAGACGAAGAUUCAGAAAUGCCAGAAGAAGAAGAAGUUGACCCCAGAAUCCAGGGUGAGCUCGAGAAAUUGAAUCAGUCCACCGAUGACAUCAAUCGAUGGGAGACAGAACUGGAGGAUGUGCGGCAGAGGUUCCGCUCUGUUCUGGUGGAGGCCACGGUCAAGCUAGACGAGGUGGUGAAGAAGAUUGGGAAGCCGGUGGAAGACUCCAAGCCCUACUGGGAGGCUCGGCGAGUAGCCCGGCAGGCCCAGCUUGAGGCCCAGAAGGCCUCCCAGGACUACCAGAGAGCCAUAGAGGUGGUGCGAGUCGCCAAGGAGACCAUCUCGCUGGCCGAGCAGCGGCUGCUGGAGGAGGACAGCCGGCAGUUUGACUCGGCCUGGCAGGAGAUGCUCAAUCAUGCCACCCAGAGGGUGAUGGAGGCGGAGCAGACGAAGGCGCGCAGCGAGCUGAUCCACGCGGAGACGGCGGCGAAGUACAGCGCGGCCGUCGGCCACAUGAAGCAGCUGGAAAAGAAGCUGAAGCGCACCAUCAACAAAUCCAAGCCAUAUUUUGAACGGAAGGCAAAAUACUACCUGCAACUUGAGGACCUGAAGAAGGAGGUAGACGAGCGGCAGGCCAAGCUGGCCUUGGCGAAGGCCGGGUACCGGACGGCGCUUCGCAACCUGGAGAUGAUCUCCGACGAGAUACACGAGCGCCGCCGGUCCUCCGCCAUGGGCCCCCGGGGGCGGGGCGUGGGCUCGGAGAGCGACAGCAUCGCCGGGGAUGACGUCGCCAACUUCAAGAUGGAGUCCGAUGGGAUAUCCAUGGUGUCGGUGUCCUUCGAGGAUGAGAACUGCAACGGCGGCCUGUCGGAAGACUCUGAGACCCAGUCCACGUGCAGUUUGAGCACCAGCCCGACCGCUGCCCCCCUGGACCCUGCGCGGGCCUGCCCCUCGUCCCCCUCCCCCUCCUCGUCCCCCCCGUCCUCCCCCCGGCCCGGCCUGGACCUGCCCGGGCCCGAGUCCCUGUGCUCCUUCAGCCACCUGUCGCCUGUCCUGGGCCCGCGGAGCGAGUGCAGCGGGGCGUCAUCGCCCGAGUGCGACCUGGAGAGAGGAGACCGGGCGGAGGGUGCGGAGGGAGAGCGGGACGAUGCCGCUAACACCGUCGCUGCCAAGAAACGAAGCAACCUUGGGAGCCUUCUCCAGCGGCUGUCCCUCAGUCAGGCCGCCAGCUCCAACCGCGACGCCUUCACCCCCACCCCGCCCCACCCUGCCCCUGCGCUAUUGGUCAAUGGGGUGUGAGAGCGGGACACGCCCACACCCCACCCUGUUGCCCCUGGGGUGUGUGUGAGCGACCCUCCCCCCCAUAAACUCAGUCCCAGGGAUGACAUUGCAGCGGCAUCUAAAUAACCUACUCCAUGGUGUCAUUUUGUAAUAAGACAAUCCUCCGAAUCCACAAAUGGGGAAAGUUAAUUGUCCUUCUCCUGUAUUCAGCCCUUUUGUAUUGUAUCAGUUGAAGGUCUAAAGGUGGAAGGAGACGGAGAGGGGGAGGGGGAGGAGAGGGGGGCAUCAGUAUGUGGUACCGUGUAUCAAAAUUCCCUCCAAAUCCUCUCAUGACCCAAAAAUCAGAGUGAGAAAUUCACCAGCAUAAGCUAAAUGAAGCAAAUCCAGACUUUCAUCCUCACAAGAAGAAAUGACUCAAGGAGAUGUGCGUUUGUGCAGAUGUGUUUGUCUGUCUGUCUUAGACAGGAUUAUGAGCCCCAGCGAUUGUGCAAGGUGACCCCUCCCCAUUCACUGUCCAAAGGGACUUCCCCCCCCGUUCCCAAUGCAGAGGGACCACACCUAUUAAUAUCCUGCUACCUUGGAAAUGUUGGACUGGAACGGGUCCAUUCUGAGUAUUAGGGCAUUUUCAUUUGGGGAGCAGUUGCAUAGCACUUAUCACAACACAAGGACCCCUCGCCUUUCACUGGUUAAAAAAAAAUGCAAUAUUGAAGGACACAUAUACAAUAUUGAACUUGUAUUUUUACAUGGAAAAGUCACGGAUGUCGGAAUGACACAUUCACUCAAACUGACCCAGAACCUGGAUGGCGGACUUGGAAUACUGGAAUUAUCUUUGCAGGCUAGUGGGCCGGCAGCUCGAGAGGAACUGCCCCGCCCCACAUCCGAGGAAGUGACCGCGUCGUGACCGAACUGCAAACCCCUCUACCCGACUCUCCUUCCUUUCCCAGCUACUGGCAAAUACUCUUGUCCAUCCGUCCUGACCAGUGCUCCAGUUUACCCGCUUUGUGCUGUCAGAUUGGUCCCAUUUUCUGUGUGUAUCGCACUAUAAUGCAAGACCCCUCUGUGUUCAUUCUUCUGUAAUCAAACAUGAAGGCAGGGGAUCGACCCUUUGUAAUGGUGUUUUUUUCCCAUCAGUUAUAUCGUUAUGGUAAUUACGAGUCUCUCCGUGGAUCGUGCUCCUCUUGUGAGAGUAAUAAACCGAUAUUCACCGCA